AUGGUCAAAGAAACGGGACUUUACGACAUCUUAGGUGUGUCUUCAGAUGCAGAUGAAAUCAUUAUAAAAAAGGGGUAUCGUAAAAUGGCGUUGAGAUACCACCCUGAUAAGAAUCCGGGCAAUAAGGAGGCUGAAUUAAAGUUUCAGGAGGUUGCAGAGGCCUAUCAAAUUCUUAGUGAUCCUCAAAAGAGAACCAUUUAUGAUGAAGUGGGUAAAGAAGGUAUGAGUAAGCAAGGAGUUGAGGCCGCUAAUGUUGAUCCUAAGGAGUUUUUCUCUAUGAUAUUUGGAGGUGACGGCUUUAAUGAUUACAUAGGAGAAUUGAGCCUGAUUUCCUCAAUGCUCGAUGCCAUGCAGAAUGAGGACGAGGAAAAUACUACUGGGGAUCCUUCUGAGACUACGGUCAGUACUUUUGAUGGAAAGAGCAGCAAGCUCAAUAAUCAGCAGCAAGAUGCGACGAAGAAUCGUCAGAAGAUAGCGUCCAAAUACAUGGAACAGAAGAGAGAAGAGGAUAAAAAGCGUGUGGAUGAAUUGGUGAAGAAGAUGUUGGAAAAGAUGGAUCCUGUGCUUACUACAGUACAUGGUGACGGCUCUUUCGAUGAUCAUGAGCUCACCAAUUUUAAGAAUAUGAUGGCAAAGGACGUUUCUUCCGCUGUAUUAGAAUCAUUCGGUGUUGAUAUGUGCCAUGAAAUUGGUAAAAUUUAUCUUUUCAAAGGUAGGGCCUUUUUGAAGUCCCAAAAGGCUAUUUUGGGUCGAUUUCAUAGAAUAGGAUCAUCACUGAAACAGAGUAGAAACACUGCCAAGGACGUUUUCAGUUUGAUUUCUUCGGCUCACGAUGCACAAAGUACUUUACAAGCGAUGGCAAUGCUUGAAUCAUCGGAUGAUGGUGAUAUGGAUGAGUAUCAGAAGGCCAAGUAUGAACAGACUAUGACGGGAAAGUUCCUACAUGUUGCAUGGGCUUCAUCGAGGUUCGAGAUCAAUCAGAUUCUAAGCAGUGUUUGUAAAAAGGUUCUCAAUGACAAAACCCAAUCGUCCGCAGUGAGAAGACAAAGAGCAGAGUUAUUGAUAAUCAUGGGUGUUUUCUUCAAGAAUGCAAAGAGGGAUGCUGACGAUGAUGCUGAGGAUACCCAGGUGUUUGAGAGGUUGGUCAGAGAAGCCAAGGAAACCAAAUCCCGCGAUAUUAGAAAACAGGCAUACUCCAAUAUGAGGAAGAAGCAAGAUAGUUUAUCCACGACGAAUGGAUCUAUUGAUGAUGCCAGUCUUAACAGCACUAAGUCUGCCGAAAAGUCUACAGAAUCAUUUUCAAAAACGUCUACUGGGAGCUCUAGAGGUCUCUUCUCAAGAUUCAGAAAGAAUUAA